CUCUGUUUCUGGGUCGCUUCCUUGCCAAGUCAAACCCACUUACCCAAUAAAAUAUGUCCUUCUUCCUAGAGCCCUGAUCCUAUGAAGCUGUGCAAGGGGGUUAACCGGUGAAGGGAAAUACACAAAUGCGACCGAAGCUUCCAUAGGCGUAGUAUUAUUAGAUUAGGUUGGAUUCCAGUUGAUCCAAUCUGGUCCAGGAAUUGUUCUAGAUCUGACACAUUCUGGUUUAGAUUAGAUAUCCAUGCACUGUGCUGUACACAAAAUGUACAAUACUAGAGCACCGCAGGCAGCGCCGUCGUUGUGAGCUGAGCAGUUCUUGGACACUCAAGUGAAGAAGAUCAAAGGGGACUGAAGAUCGAAAUCUAUGUGUUGAGCUAGCGUUCUUGCUUGCACUUGCAGCAAAUGAAGGCGACAACUCUGCAGUUCAUCGGCGCGCUCCUGCUGCCAUUACUUGCCGUCGCUUCGUCGUUCGAUCCGUUUCACCGGAAUGAUGGACGGACGGAUCCGAUGAUGGGGAGCGGGCAGCAGCAGCAGCAGGGGCCCUUCAUCCCGCACGAGUACCUGCGCUUCGCCGAAGUCAAGCGGCAUUGCCGGUCCGUGCUCUCGGCCGGCGCCGAGCUCAAGUUCGACGCCAACCGCGCCGCGGCGCUCAUGCCGGAGCUGUCCUUCGUCAAGGGCGACUGGACGCAGGGCCCCGGCUCCGCGCCGCUGAUACCGUUCGACGGCACCGACAUGCCUUCAGACGCCGGCGCCGGCGCGCCAGCCCCGCUGCCGCUGGCCACGUUCGUAAUGACGCACGUCGACGCGGCGGGGCUGCGCGGGAAGACGGCGCUGAACGUGAGCGGCGUGCUGGGCGUGGCCGUGUCGCGCAACGGGACCGGCCCGGAGAUGGGCCCGUCGUACGUGUCCCCGGAGCUCAAGGUGUGGCCGGGGAGCACGGAGAUGAAGAUGCUCUUCGAGGGCGUGUACACCGAGACCGGGGACGGCGAGUCCGUGCUGUGCAUGGUCGGCAACGCCAUGCUCCCUAAGCGCGCCGACGACGCGGCCGCCGGCCCCUGGGGCUGGGCCAAGCACACCGACCGCAACAACUUUCAGCCGCCGGUCAGGCGCGACGAGGGCGUCCUGCUCGUGCUCCGGUACCCGACCACGAUGACGCUCACCAACCGCGCCGUGCGCGGCGAGCUCACGAGCACGCACGGGAAAUCCGACGCCGCCUACUUCGACGCGGUUCACCUGCUGUCGCAGCUGGGCGCCUACUCCAACUACAAGUUCGGGUCCGAGGACGAGCUCGUCAGCAAAGCGUGCAGCCAGGAUCGCCCUUACCACGACGACGUCAUCGGGGACGGCGGGGGGCUGUACAGAGGCGGCUCGCUGUGCGGCAUCCUGGACAUGUUCUCCUCCGAGGACGCCUUCGCCGUCGUGCCCAACCGGGACUGCAACUCGACCGACGACGCAGUCUGCAAGCGUCUCGGCCCCUUCGAGACCGACGACGACAAGUCGAUUGACGAGACGGACGGCGGGUUCAAAGGCGUGAGCAUCGUGAUGCAGGACAUCCGGUGCGAGCCCACGACGGCCGGCCCGGCGGGCGAGAGGUCGGCGGGGGCCAAGGUGUCGGCGGUGUUCCGGGCCGUGCCGCCCCGGGAGCACCGGUACACGGCGGCGAAGCGGAGCGGGCUGGGCGGCAUGACGCUGUCGGCUGAGGGCGUGUGGCGGGCCUCCACGGGCCAGCUCUGCAUGCUGGGCUGCCUCGGCGACGCCGGCGCCGGCGGCAAGGCCAAGGCGUGCCACUCGCGCGUGUGCCUCUACGUGCGCACGGGCUUCUCGGCCACCCGCCGCAGCAUCGCCGUGGGCCAGAUCACCCGCGUCGACGGCGCGGCCCAGUACCCCCCGCUGACGUUCCGACGGGCGGUGCACCCGUCGGAGCUCUGGAACCGGUUCGGCGUCUCGGGCGGCGCGCCGCUCAGCAUGACGUAUGAGUACACCAAGGCUAAGCAGGCCGGCGAGUUCCUCACCCGCAGCGAGCCGUUCAACCUGGGCACCGCCAUGGCCAAGUCCCUGCUCAGCUACCCACGGAAACCGGGCAACCUUGCCGACGAGAGUAACGCGCUGUCCAUGCUAGCCGACGACCUAACGCUCCACGUCCCGGCCGUGCCCGACCCGUUACCCCGCGAACGGUUCGAGCGCCCGUUCCUUCAGCUGGAGGUUCUCUCGCUUGGACCUCUCGUCGGCCGGAACUAUCCUGCCCCUGUUUUCUCUGGAGAAGAACAGGCCAAGCGUGGCAAAGAAGCUCCCUCGGCGUCGGGGACGACGACGGAGACGACGGCUGUCCUCAACGUGUCCGCGGAGCUCACGUUGUCCGGGGACACGUACGCGAACGUGUCGACGCUGUCCCUGGAAGGCGUGUACAACCCGGUGGACGGCCGGAUGUACCUGAUCGGGUGCCGGGCCAUCGACGCGCCAUGGCGAGCCUUCUCGUCCUUGGCAUCAUCCCUCGAAGACGGCAUGGACUGCUCCAUCGAGGUGAGAGUGGACUACCCUCCGACAACGGCGCAGUGGCUGAUCAACCCGACGGCCAAGGUGCGGAUCUCCAGCACGCGCGAAUCCGGCGACCCACUGCGGCUCGACGCGACUACGGCGCUCCAGACGCUGCCGAUCAUCUACCGCGAGCAGCGGCAGGACAUCCUGUCCAGGCGCAGCGUGGAAGGGAUCCUGCGCGUGGCCACGCUGGGCGCCGCCAUCGGCGCCGAGUUCACACAGCUCAUGUACAUCAAGGCGCACACGGACGUGAUGCCGUACGUGUCCCUGGUGAUGCUGGGCGUCCAGGCGCUGGGCUACAGCAUGCCGCUCAUCACCGGCGCCGAGGCGCUCUUCGCGCGCAUCGCCGCCGCGGGCGCCGGGCCGGCGCCGCCGUCGUACGUGGUGGACAAGAGCCAGCUCUACUGGGUCAUCGACUGCGUGGUGAAGAUCCUCAUCCUGGGCGCCUUCCUCCUCACGCUCCGGCUGGCGCAGAAGGUGUGGCGGUCGCGGAUCCGGAUGCUCACGCGCUCGCCAUUGGAGCCCGGCCGGGUGCCCAGCGACCGGAAGGUGUUCCUCUACAGCUUCUCGGCGCACCUGCUGGGGUUCAUGGUGAUCCUGCUGGGCCGUUACGUGAGCGCGCUGGGCCGGCCGGUGCGGGCCGAGGCGUCGUACAUGGACGCCAGGGGCCGGUCGCACGCGCUCCGGCAGUGGGCCGUGACGCUGGAGGAGUACGUCGGGCUGGCCCAGGACCUGUUCCUCCUCCCGCAGGUGAUCGGCAACGUGCUGUGGCGGAUCAGCUGCAGGCCGCUGAAGAAGAGCUACUACGUCAGCGUGACGGCGGUGCGCCUGCUGCCGCACCUCUACGACUACGUCAGGCAGGCGCCCGCCAUUAACCCGUACUUCGCGGAGGAGUACGAGUUCGUCAACGCAAGCCUCGACUUCUACUCGGCGUUCGGCGACGUCGCCAUCCCGCUCGCCGCCGUCGCGCUCGCUGCCGCUGUCUACGUGCAGCAGAGAUGGAACUACAAGAUCAUCAGCAGGACCGUCAAGACGCAGCAGAAGAAGCUGCAGCAUCUUGGGUCCAGGGUGUACGAGCGGCUGCCGUCCAUGUCGUCGGGGAAUUUUGAGGCUGAGCUUGUCGCUGGCGUCAACGAUGGCACCGCCAUCGGAAUUGGGCCUCGCCGGGACGCCAGCCUCACUUCAUAGAUCGAUCAGUUCUUUUUAGUUCUUUUGCUCCCAUAGGUUUGUGUGUUUUCUGUUUGUCUUAUGUGUGUCCUGUACUGUACUGUGCCCCUCUUUUUUCUUCUUCUUGCUCUGAAGUUCUGAACCAAAUGUACUUGAGAAAGUUGGAUAAAGUUUCAUACUCCUACAUCUUUGAGCUUUGA